AUCUCCUAUCAGACUCACGGUGAAAGUAAUAAUGUUCUUGAACUGGUUUUACAACAGCCUCUGGACAGAGAGGAGCAACCGGAGAUGGAUUUCACUCUCGUUGCCACAGAUGGGGGUUCUCCACCGAGGAGUGGUUCGACUCAAAUCCACAUCAUAGUUCUGGAUGUAAAUGACAAUGCUCCCACCUUCACACAGAAGCUGUACAAUGCAAAGAUUUUCGAAAAUGCUCCAGAAGGCUCUGUGGUUCUCAGAGUGGUAGCCACCGAUGCAGACGAGGGAAUUAAUGGUGACAUUUCCUAUCAGUUCAGCCAAGCAGCAGUCCAGAUCCUAUCAGCAUUCAUCAUUGACCCCAGUAGUGGUGAAAUCCGUAUCACGAAGCCUUUGGAUUACGAGGUUGCACAGAAACACGAGUUCAGUGUGCGGGCAGUGGAUGGUGGAAGACUGUCAGCACUCUCUAAAGUGUUGGUAGAGGUGGUGGAUGUGAAUGACAACGCACCAGAGAUCGUGGUCAGUUCCUUCAACAGCCCAAUCCCUGAGAAUGCAGCACCUGGCACUGUGGUCGCACUCUUUGAUGUCAGGGAUCAGGAUUCCGGUGUGAAUGGGGAGAUCAGCUGUGCCCUCGAAGAACAGCUGCCCUUCUCCCUCCGGCCAGCCUUUAAGAACUACUACGAGCUGGUGACCGUGAGCGCGUUGGACCGGGAGAAAACAGCACGUUACAGUGUAAUCGUCACGGCAGCAGAUGCAGGGUCUCCUCGUCUGAGCAGCAGCCACACGUUCACCGUGGACAUCUCCGACGUGAAUGACAACGCGCCCGUCUUCAACCAGACGUCGUACACCAUGUACGUGCACGAGAACAACGUCCCCGCGCUGCUCGUCGGGGCCGUGAAGGCAACGGACGCGGACGCGGGAGCCAACGGCAAGGUGAGCUAUUCCCUGGUGCCGGCCCAUCCCCCAGAACGAGAGCCGUGCUCGUGCGUGUCCGUGAACUCCGAGAGCGGAGCCGUGUUCGUGCUGCGGCCGCUGGACUACGAGCAGCUGAGGCAGCUGGAGGUGGUGGUGAGCGCUGCGGACGCGGGCUCGCCUCCCCUCAGCAGCACCGUGGGCGUCCGCCUGCUGGUGGUGGACGAGAACGACAACGCGCCGCUGGUGCUGCACCCCAGCGCGCAGGACGGCAGCCCUCCUUGGAGCGAGCCGGUGCCCGCGUGGGCCGAAGCGGGGGACCUGGUGAGCAAAGUGGUGGCCGUGGACGCCGACUCGGGUCAGAACUCGUGGCUUUCGUACCGGCUGCUGAGGGCCACGGAGCCGGGGCUGUUUGCCGUGGGUGCCCAAAGCGGGGAGGUGCGGCUGAGGAGGCCGCCGACGGAGAGGGACGCCGCGAAGCAGAAGCUCGUCGUGCUGGUGCGGGACAACGGGCGGCCGCCGCUGUCGGCCACCGCAGCGCUCAGCGUGCUCCUCCUGCACGGCUCCUGGGACGCUCAGCUGCCGCAGCAGAGCCCCGCCGCACACGAGGAGGACGGCGCCCUCACGGCCUCUUUAAUCGCCGCCUUGGUCUUGGUGUCGCUCCUCUUCUUGGUGUCGGCGGCGGCCUUUGCGGCUUGCAAGGCGUGCAAGAGCAAGGAGCCGAGUAGCGGGCACGUGCUUUACGGCCCCAGCGGCGUGCAGAGCUAUGUGGCUGAUGGCGCCGCUGCCGGGACCCUGCCCCACGCCUAUUGCUACGAGCUCAGCCUCACCACGGGCUCGGGCAACAGCGAGUUCAAGUUCCUCAAGCCCGUCCUGCCCAGCCUGCCAGCGCAGCACUGCAGCACGGCGGUGGCUGGCGACGACGCUGAGCAUUUCCCUGCCGUCCCUGUCGCCGCGGGGGAUGCUGAUGUCGAGAGCCCCGGGAUGCAGUCUGUGGGACACUUUAACGGCUUUUAAUUAGCACUGGCUCUGCGCUUCAGGCAGCAUCAUGGCUUGUUUAUAGCAGCUCAUGUAAUCUGAUAGUUAACUCCACGUCUGCUUGUUUAGAUCUGCUUUUGUAGUUUACAUCCCGUUUCACAAGAACGUAGCUGUAAUCGGAAGCUGUGGAUAUUAGUAGGGAAACUGAGAGUGUGCUUUCAGAAUCUCACGUAGAUUUCAGUCCCUCAGCCUUCUAGCUCUUGCCACAACAGAAAUUCCCUGUCUUUCAAGACGUCCACACACCUGUGCUUAUGCUGCCAGCCCGUGUGUCAGCUGGAUGAGGACAGACCGUGCAGGAUGUGAGGCUGGAUUUUGUGCCACCUGUUAAGCGAGCAGAGUUCAUCAGUUCCAUGGUUGGCUUCCUUUAGCAGAUGAGGGCUUCCAUCCAAGCCUUUCCAGGCACGCCACUGAGUGAGGAGAGUGGGACCUGCCAAUGCUCCAGCCUGGAAAUACGUUUGUCCUGCUAUCUUUAAUCUUCCAGCCACGUCCACUCGAUGCACAGGGAGUUGCAGCUUUGCUUUAUGCACAUGGGCUGCAUUCUCUGACUUUAAUGGACAUCAUGAAGAGGGUAAGGAAGUUUUUUGUUUAAAUUCCCCAUGAUGCAACCUUCUUGAUUCUAUGUCUCUUAUUUUGGUUCAUGUUGAAUGCCAUCGGUGUGUACUGCUAUCCUUUGCAGUGAAAGAUUCUUUUUGUGUUGAAAUGCUUUUGUAUGAAUGUUUCAGUCAUUCUAACUUGAGAUGGAGCAAGAGCAGAUAGACCUGGGGCAGAGCUGGCGUGGCUGAAGGUCCUCUGGAAGUCUACUGGGCAUCAUCUGAGUGUCUAAGAGAGGUUGUGAGGGCUUGGUUGUUUGUAUUUGUCUAGAAUGCCUCGUGUUCCCUCUACUGGCUUAAGAUUUCCAAGAGGUGCAGGCAUUGCAUUCUCGUGUUCCAAGAGGUGCAGGCAUUGCAUUCUUGCUUUGCAGAGUUGUGCUUCUCCCUGUGUAUGCUGUGUGCUUUGCCUCCUGGUCACGAUGUCUCUCCAUGCAGCUGUGCUCUUAUCCAGCCGCUCUGAUGCAUUCUCCUGCGGCUCAGCUGUUCAACUGGGUCAUUGCUGAGUGCAGCAGGCAGCAAUACAGCUGCAGUGGUGGUGUUGGGACACACGGUAACACAUGGGUGUGCAACCUUCUGGCUUCCCUGGGCUGCACUGAGUGAAUAGGAAAUGUGCAGGCUGCAUAUAGAUACAUUGCUCUGAAAGUAAUGCCUCCUGUUUAUUUCCAUGGUAAUAUCAAAUGACAGAAGACACACUGUAACACUGCUGGAAGGUGCAGAUUCACAGCUGGAAAAUGCUAUUUUUAAACAUGGUCACUGACAUAGCAAUGCUUAUUCACCAGCUGUGGACUUGAGCCUGCAUGUUGUGCUCAUAAUAAUCUGCAGCAGCAGAGGUGACCCCGUGUUGAUGAUAUUUAAACACAUCACCCACCACCUCAUCGUACUCACCUCUACAGUCUGUUCUCCAUAAAGCUUCAGCAAGCGUUGGUGAAUCUCAGUGGCUGCAAUUGUUUCUGCAUGGAAUAAGUCAGUGAUGCCUCAUUGCCACAUAUGCACUUCCAUGUCAGAUGCCAGUUUAUCAGACUGCCCCUCUGCAGCCAUCUGUCAUGUGUUUACUGUAAAAAAAUGGGAUAUUGGUGGGAAAUUUCCAUCUCUGCUGCCAUACCUCCAACAUCCACCUCGGACAUCUUGGGCCACCACAGUAGAAUGGGAGGCAUUACUUUCAGAGCAGCCCUUAGAAUGUACAAUAUUGUUAUUAUGAAAGGAACAAAACAUUUAAGCUCUUAUUUUUUUCUUAUGACUUAAAAAGAAUAAAGAGGAACAAAACCAUGAAGCCACUGGGAUAUUUGACGUUUCUUUUGGUGGCACUAAUGCAUCAGGCUGGUUUGUUGGGAGUGGAUGCAAUUGUUAGUGCAGUCACAACGUCUUCAUUAGAGUUUUUUGAUGAAAUUUUACUCUUUCAAUGGUUUAUAAUUUAAAACCGUUAUUCACAAAUAUACAUACUCCAAACUGCAAAGACAUGAUGAAACAGUGAUGGUGGUGAAUUGAGAGAUAUUUCUUUGUGGUAAGAUAUUGGAAACAUAACGCCAUUUUGAAGAAGGGACAAUCAGAAGAUGCAGGGAUCUGAAGGCCACUCAGUCUCAUCUCUGUGCCUGCCAAGAUCAUGGGACUGAUCUUCCUGAAGGCUCCACUGAGGCACCUGGAAAAUAAAGAGGAGGCAAUUGGUGGUAUCCAACAUGGCUUCACCAGGGGCAAGUCAUGCAUGGCAAACCUGGCGGCCUUGUAUGAUGAAGUUACAGCGUCUGUGCAUAAAUGGAGAGAAACUGAUGUCACCUACCUGGACUUAUCCAAAGGAUUGGUCACAGUCCCACAUACCAUCAUGAUUGCCAAUUUGGAGAGAAGUGAAUUUGAUGGAUGGAUCUCUCACUCCAUGAGGAAUUGGCUGCGCGUAUGCGCUCAGCGAACUGUGAUCAAUGGCUCAGUGCCCAAGUGCAGUUCUGUGAAGAGUGGCAUUUCUCAGGGGCCAGUGCCAUUUGACAUCAUUGUGGGUGACAUGGACAGGACCCUGACUGCGUCAAGGUGGUUGGAACUCAAUGAUCGUUGAGGUUCCUUCCAAGCUAAGCCAUUCCAUGAUUCUGUGAUUGUGUGCACCCUAAGCAAGUUUGCAGAUGGUACCAAGCUGGGUGGUGCAGUUGGCCUGCUAGAGGGAAGGGACGCCAUCCAGAGGGCCCAGAUCAGGCUUGGGAAGUGAGCCCAUGCCUACCUUGUGAAGUUGAAGAAAGACAAGAAAGAAGUUGUGCACCUGGGUCAAGGCAAUCCCUAGCUCAAAUCCAGGGUGGGCAGAGAACGGCUUGAGAGCAGCCCUGAGGAAAAGGACUUUGAGGUGUUGCUUGAUGAAAGUCUCUACGUGCGAGACAAUGUGCUCUGCAGCCCAGAAGGCCAAAGCUUUCCUAGGCUGCAUUCAAGAGAAGCAUGUCCAGCCUGUUGAGAGUGGUGAUUUUGCCCCUCUACUUGGCUCUCUUUAGACCCCACAUGGAGUACUGUGUGCAGUUCUGAUGCCUGCUACACAAGAAGGCCAUGGAGCUGUUGGAGCAGGUCUGGGAGGAGGGCCACGAAGAUGAUGAGAGGGCUGGAGCAGGUCCCCUACGAGGACAGGCUGAGAGAGCUGGGGCUCUUCAGCCUGGAGAAGAGAAAUGCUCUGAGGGGAUCUUAUAACGGCCUUCCUGCACAUGAAGAGGCCACAGGAAAGGCUCUGUGUUUUCACUGGCGCUGAAUGGGAGCCUGCAUGUUGCGCUCAUAUUAAUGUACAACAGAGGAGGUGACUCUCUCUUGGCACUGCUGAAAUACAUCAUGCAACACCUCAUGGUGCUCACAUCCACUGUUUGGUCUCCAUAAAUAUUCAGCCAGCCUUGAUGAAUGUCAGCGGGUGCAAUUGUUUCUGUAGGGUGGAAUUCAGUGAUACAUCGAUACUACAUAUGCAUUCACAUGUCUGAUGCCGUUUUGUCAGACUGCCCCUCCACUUGGUACCAAAACACAAUGGCAUAUUGGUGGGACACUCAGCCUCUGCUGCCAUACCGCCAGCAUCGGCCUUGGUCAACUUGGGCCAAUGCAAUAAAUUGGGAGGCAUUACUUUCAUAGCAGCCCUGGUAGAAUAUGCGGAAUUGUUGUUAUGUAGGAAAUAAAACAUCCAAACUAUUAGUAUUUUUUUGUAAAACAUCUAAAAAGGGAGGAACAAAAACAUGAAACCAGUGGGAUAUUUGACCUUUUUUGGGUGACAGCAAUCAGACUGGUUUGGCAGUAGUGGAUUCAAUUCUUACUGAGUUCUCAAUGUCUUCAUCAGAAAUUUUGGAUUAAAUGUUACUCUGCCUGAACUUCUUCUUUGAAAACAGUUGUUGAUAAGUGUACAUAACUGCCCAGAAGCAAUGAUAUGUCAAUGGUGAUGGUGAAUUGAGAGAUAUUUCUCUGUGGUAAGAUAGGGAUUGUAAAAGUCUUCCCCAGCCAGGGCUCUAGCUGCAUGGCCCAAGGUGCAGAAAGCAAUGGUAAGAACUGGGAGAAGGAAGAUCUGCCUGCUGUCAGUGAAGAUCAGGUUUGUGAUCAUGUAAAGAACCUGCAGGUGCACAAGUGCAUGGGACCUGAUGACAUCCAUCGAUGGGUUCUGAGGCAGAUGAAGUUGCCAACCCGCUAUCCAUCAUAUUUGAAAGGCCAUGGCAGUCUGGUCAAGUUCUCACUGAUUGGAGAAUUGGAAACAUAACCACCACUUUGAAGAAGUGAAAAUCAGAAGAUGCAGGGAUUUGAAGGCCACUCAGUCUCAUCUCUGUGCCUGCCAAGAUCAUGGGACUGAUCUUCCUGAAGGCCCUUCUGAGGCACCUGGAAAUUAAAGAGGAGGCGAUUGGUGGUAAGCAAUAUGACUUCACCAAGGGCAAGUCGUGCAUGGCAAACCUGGUGGUCAGUUAUGACAAAGUACUGAUACCAAUGGAUAAAUGAAGAGCAACUGACGUCAUCUACUUGUACUUAAGAGAUGAUUUGAUAUGGUCAUGCGUAACAUCCUGAUCACCAAAUUGAAGAAAAAAUGGAUUUGAUGGAUGGAUUUUGAUUUCUGGAUAAAGAAUUGGCUGUGUGGUUGCACUCAGAGUGUUGCAGUCAUCACCACAAUGUCCAAGUGGAGACUGGUGAUGAAUCUUGUCCCUCAAGGGUCAGUGCUGGGACCAUUUCUAUUUAACAUCUUUGUAGGUGACACGGACAAAGAGUCUGAGUGUACCCUGAGCAAGUUUGCAGAUGACACCAAGCUGGGUGGUGCAGCUAGAGGGUAGAGAUGCUGUCUAGACGGACCAGAUCAGGCUUGAGAGGUGGGCCCAUGCCAAGCUCAUGAAUUUCAAGCAAGACAAGAGAAAAGUUGUGCACCCUGCUCAAGGCAAUCCCUAUCUCUAAUACUGAGUGGUCAGAGAAUGGCUUGAGAGCAGCCCUGAGGAGAAGGAUUUGGGGGUGUUGCUUGAUGAAAGGCUCAAGAUGAGCGACAAUGUGCUCUGCAGCCCAGAAGGCCAAAGCUUUCCUAGGUUGUAUCAAGAGAAGCAUGUCCAGCCUGUUGAGAGUGGUGAUUCUACCCCUCUACUUGGCUCUCUUUAGACCCCACAUGGAGUACUGUGUUCAGUUCUGAUGCCUGCUACACAAGAAGGCCAUGGAGCUGUUGGAGCAGGUCCGGAGGAGGGCCACGAAGAUGAUGAGAGGGCUGGAGCAGGUCCCCUUUGAGAAUAGAGAUAUAGCUGGGACUCUUCAGCUUGAAGAACGACCUGGGGAACUUAGAGUGGGCUUAAAGUACCUGAAGGGGUCACAGGAAAGCUAGGAUGAGACUUUGAUAAGGGCGUGUAGUGACAGGAUGAGGGGAAAUGGCCUUAAGGUGGAAGAGGGUAGAUUUAGACUAAGAUUAGGAAGAAAUUCUUUCCUGUGAGGGUGGUGAGACACUGGCAGGAGUUACCAGAGAUGCUGUGGAUGCCCCACCAUGGAAGCAUCCAAGGCCAGGCUGGAUGGGGCUGUGAGCAACCUGAUCUGGGGCAAGGUGUCCCUGCCUAUAGCAGUAGAGUUGCAACUAGGGGAUCUUGAAGUUCCCUUCCAACCGAAACCAUUCCAGGAUUUAUGAAGUCUGGUAAAGAGACGUAGUCA